GCUGGAGGAGCUGCUGCGCUGAGACUGGCUGGAGGAACUGGAGGCUCCUGGUUUUUAUUUUUUAUUUUUUGUUGUUUAUCUGUUUUUCUCAUCCCGGCUCGAGCCCUGGAGCUGUGUGGACAGUUGGGGCAGUUCUUCUGCACUUGUGUGGUAGAUGUUUUCCUUCAGGCUGCAGCCUGGAGAACCUGGAGGAGCUGCUGCUGGAGCUUUUGUUGUUGUUUUUUAGGUUUUUUAUUUAAAAGGCUUUAUAGUGUUUAUGAAGGCUCCUGUGAGAACUUUGAGCUUUUUAUUGUUGUUGAUAGUAUUGGUAGAAAUAUUAUUUUUAUUAUUAUUAUAGGCCUGUGUAUGAGUGUGUGUGAGGAGAGGGUGUGUGUGUGUAUGUUUUAGCUAUGCUGUUAUUUAAUAAUCAGGUCAGUGUCAGUAGUGUCUCCACGUCUCCAGCAGCAGCAGCAGCAGCAGCGGGGGCUCCUGCUGAGCCUGGCCGGGCCGCGGCUGCCGUUUCCCCGCAGGUGCAGCUGGCCCUCACCGCUGCCUACACGGCUCUCUACUCGCUGCUCUUCUUUUUCGUCUAUUCGCAACUUUGGCUCAUCCUGCACUACGGGCACAAGCGGCUGAGCUACAGGAGCGUGUUCCUGUUCCUGUGUCUGCUGUGGUCGGCCCUGAGGACCACCCUCUUCUCCUUCUACUUCAGGAACGUCUCCCAGGCCAGUCAGCUGCAGCCCCUGCCCUUCUGGCUGCUCUACUGCUUCCCUGUCUGCCUGCAGUUCUUCACCCUCUGCCUGCUCAACCUCUACUUUGCACAGAUGAUGUGUAAAGCCAAAGCUAAAUACUCUCCAGAACUCAGCAAAUACAAGACUCCUCUGAAGGUGGCCUUCCUGAUGGUGAGUCUCUUCUUCCUGGUGGUGAACGUGACGUGUUCACUAGUGGUGCAGAUUGACACCGGCGUGGACACGGUGAAGGCCAGGCACAUCACCCUGGCGCGAGUGCUGCUGAACGACAGUCUCUUCGUGCUGUGCGCCAUAUCUCUCGCCACCUGCAUCUGCAAGCUGGCCAAGCUCUCCUCCGCCAACGUCUACCUGGAGUCCAAGGGGACGUCGGUGUGCCAGGCUACAACCACUGGAGCGGUGGUGGUGCUGCUCUACACCUCCAGAGCCUGCUAUAACCUGGCUGUGGUGGCCGUCUCCCCCAGAGACAAAACCACGCCCUUCAGCUACGGCUGGUACAGCUUCUCCGACCAGACGGAGGUGGAGAAGAUCAGUGGGGAGGCGUACGUGGUGUUCGGGAUUGUCCUGUUCUUCUGGGAGUUCGUCCCCACUACCCUGCUGGUGGUGUUCUUCAGAGUGCAGCGGCCCAAUCAGAACCUGGCUCCCGGUGGGAUGAUCACUAGUCACAGUUUUAACUCCAGGGCAUAUUUCUUUGAUAACCCCAGGCGUUACGACAGUGAUGAUGAUCUGUCCAGAAGCAUCAGCAGCAGGGCUGAGCGGGGCAGCGGGAUGGUUUCUUCCACGCCGCAGACGGGCGCCAGUUGGUACGGCUCCAUCCAGAGAACGGGCAGCCUCACCGGGACGUCCCACCUGUUCAGCGGCCCCCAGACCUCCACCGCCCCCCUGCUCCUGGCCUACGGGAACGUCCAGACCAGCCAGCACCAUAAUUACUACUCCACCCCCCAGGAGUACUACUCCACCCCUCAGAGCCAUUACAUCACCCCUCAGAUCUGAGCCCCCCCUCUCUCUCUCUGUCUGUAGUCUGGGUCUGAGUUUUGCUCAGGCAGUGAUCGGGCCAGGCCGCUCUAAGGACCCGUUUUAGUGUGGUCACGCUCCUUCUAUUCCAAUUACUCCACCGCCCACCUCCCAGCCUCCGCGCCAGCCUCUGCGCCAGCCUGCCAGCCUGCUGCUCCGCAGUAGCCAUGGCAAAAAGACUGCAGGAGGCUCUGCUGCCAUUCAUUCAAAAGGGACCAGACGGGAGGAGGAGGAGCCGGGGGGCGGAGUCAGCUGGUGCUGCUUUUAAACCACGUUAAAACAUGUUCCAACUUCCUAUUUCCUUUCACUGAAAGAUCCGGAGCUGAGUCCGAGUGACAGUAUCGACCAAUCAGGAUCUUUGCUUUUGUUCUCUAACGUGAACCACAACUACCCCCGACUUUCCUUAAGCCUGGGUUACACUACACGACCUUUGGCCCGAUUUUAGUCAUAAUUUCUGGCCUGAAAAUCCAAUUACGCGUGAUUUUGACAAUAUGGAUCAAUUCUGAUUGUUAUUUGUGUUCUGUAAAGUGAAACAUCCCAUGGUGUUUUAAAUCCCGAGUUAAAUUAUAUUAUGUCUUGCCCAAUUUUUGGUGCAAUUUUGUCCCGAUUCCAGCAAUAUGGAUUCAUUUGUUGCACUACAGGACCUUUAGCCCGAUUAUAGUCCCUGAUUUAAAGGCCAAUUAUUUUUUUGACCCGAUUUUAGCUCAGAUUCCAACUGGGUCUAACUGUCAAUAUUGACCAAUCCUGUUUUUUUUUCUUUCUUUUUUUUUUCUCUAACAUAAAAAACACCCACCAUGUUCCAUUAAGCCUGAGUUAAACUACAUGUUUUUGACCUGAUUAUAGUCCCUGAUUUUUGUUCUGAUUUUAAGCCAAAUUUUAGUCUAAAUUUUUGGCUUAAUUUUAGCCCCUAUUCCAACUGUCAGUACUGUCC